GGAUUCCGCUGAGAUUUCACCCUCUGUAAGACCUUGUGCGCCCUUUUCACGUGGAAAAGCCUAUAAAAGGAGCUUGUGUGUUUCCAAACCGCUGCUAUUUGGGACUGAGGGGACUCAGGGGACUCAAUAGCUGCUGUUUCUGCCGCUGCAGGGUUUAAAAUGGCCUCGUACACUUUACCGGAGGGUUUCGACGACUUUGACAUGUUUGCCUUCGGUUCUGUGCUGCUUGUUGGGGCCGUCCUUGGGUUUUUCCUGAACUUCAUCUCAAUAAUGGCCUACCUGAGGGUGAAGGAGCUGAGGACGCCCAGUAACUUCUUCGUCUUUAACCUGGCCCUCGCCGACCUCAGCCUCAACUGCAACGGCCUGGCUUCGGCCUACGCCAGCUACCUCAGAUACUGGCCUUUCGGCCCCGAGGGUUGCCAGAUUCAUGGUGUUCAGGGAAUGGUGUCCAUUCUGGCAGGCAUCAGCUUUCUUGGCGCUGUUGCUUGGGACAGAUAUCACAUGUACUGCACCAGGCAGAAGAUGUUUUGGAGCACUUCUCUAACUAUAAGCACCAUCCUGUGGGCUCUGGCUAUCUUCUGGGCUGCUCUCCCGCUGCCGUCUAUUGGCUGGGGAGUGUUUGACUUUGAGCCAAUGAGAGUAGGCUGCACUCUCGACUACACCAGAGGAGACAGAGAUUACAUCACAUACAUGCUGUCCAUCACGCUCCUGUACCUGGUCUUUCCACUCUUCAUCAUGUACUCUUCCUAUAGCGCCAUCUAUGCGUACUUCAAGAAGACCCACAACUUCAAGUUCAACACAGGUCUACCUGUAAAGGCCUUGCUGCUGUUUUGGGGCCCCUAUGUGGUGAUGUGCAUAUACGCCUGCUUUGAGAAUACGAAGCUUGUAUCCCCGAAGGUCCGAAUGGUCCUCCCAGUUCUUGCAAAGCUGUCGCCCAUCUCCCACGCUUUACUCUACGCAUACGGUAAUGAGUUUUACAGAGGAGGCAUCUGGCAGUUCCUCACAGGGCAGACGCAGGCGGAUAAGAGGAAGUAAACUCCUGUUGUAAAUUGUGUGUUUUACACCCUAAUCAUCCUGAGAGAUUUUAAAUGGGAAAGAUCCCAGGAUAUGUUUAGAUGGCAGAACAAAUCCAAUCAGGUUGUUUUUUUUCUUUGUUUUCAGAUUUCUGUGCAUAGACACAAAGUUGGCAUGUGGUCAUUCUGUGAAACAGCUGCAUCAGUAUAACGUGACUGUUCUAACAAAACCUCGUAUCUCCCUAAAGGAGAAUGCGGAACUCUAUGCUAUAUACUAUAUGGUAAUUUAAUGAGAUUUCAUAAAAAAAUAGACCAUUUCUAUCAGUCCAUUCAUCAUGAAAUGUUCGCAUGGUGUCAGGGGCAGCUGGCAAAAGAAUGGAGAAGAGAAUGAGUUACAUAGUUAUGAUUCAACAGCAACGAUAUACGUCAGGUCCAAAUCACAGUUGAGAACAUCUGGGUCUGAUAUGGUGGCCAAGGGAUGUUUGUUAAUCUAGCUAUGAAUAUUCUCAUCUACUGUAAACUAAGUAAGAAGAGUUUUCUAUGAUGCUCAGAAAACAACAAAACUGUGUAUUUUUGUACAACUCUGUGCCUUUAUGACAAUAAAUAUAUACUGAUUAAUUGCAA